AUGGUCAACAUGGCGCCUCUUUUGCACCCACGAAGACUCGAUGGCACGCCAAAACCCAACACCGACGCCCUUGGUAUCUUCUACGUCGUCGUUGCCAUAAUGUACACACUGAUCCUGAGUGUGGAGCUGUUCUUCCUACAUCGGCGUAGAGAGGCCUUUUGCCUGCAGAUACGCAAUCUCAAGGUCGUGUUCGCAGCAACUCUUAUGCUGCACAUCUAUCUCAUCCUUGUCCUGCUGGUUUACCCUUGGAAUGGCCUUUUCCCAUGUUCAGCCGAGUUCUGGAUCAUGUCAGUAUUCCUUCCGUCUGGGAUGGCAUUCUUCCAGGCUUGCAACGCCAAGGUGCUCACAGCCUAUGAAAGCCAGUGUCGAAUGACGCGCAACUUCCUGGAGGGUGCGCGCAGGAAGCGGAUAUCUUAUACUCCUCGUGGACUAUAUGAAGCAUGGCGCGAUCUUGAUGCGGCAAAGAAAGUGUACUUUGGUACUUUGACUGGACUAGUGAUUUCGUUCCUACCGGCUAUCAUGUUGUUUUUCGGCUCGCGCCGCUUCCACAAUACCUAUGGUUUCUUUGGAGUUCCUGCCAAUUACCUCGAGUGCCGCAGAGGAGGCGAGUGGAUCCCUUCAAUAUUUGUGCAGCUGUUCUGGACGAUGAUUGUUGGGCCUUGGAUACUGUGGAAGAUCCGCAACAUCAAGGACGUCCACUCCUGGGCCUGGCAGACAAGACUCGCAAUCAUUGCAGGCCUUCCGGGGACGCCACUUUGGAUCGCCUUCACGUACUCUGACAUGUCCAAAGUCCAAAACAUCAACAAGUUCUUCGCACCAGCUGGGUGGUUUAUACCGUCACUAGUAGUCUGCCAACAAGUUCUGAUCAUCAUACCGCUCAGAGACGCAUUGAGGGCCCGCCCGAACCGACGAUUGUCGAUUUCCGAAACUGACUCGCUCACCUCCAACCACUCAGUCAUGUCAGAAAAAUCUACUACGGUGGUCUUCACCAAAGAGAUGAAGUCCAAAACGUCGAUGCAGUCACUGGAGUUCACUAUUCAGCAUAGCAUUGAACCCCUCAUCGCUUGGGCCGCUGCCCGCGAAUUCACGGCCGAGAACUGCAUUUUUCUCCGCGAAGUGCGCAACUUCAAGAAGAAAUGGGGCAGCCUCAAGGUUGUUACCACGGCGCAACGACGGCAAAUGUUUAACGAAGCGUCUUUGCUUUUCUACACACUUGUCAAUCCCUUCACCGCGGAAGCACCAAUCAAUAUCGAAUACAAGAUCUUCAAGACACUGCAGGUCAUGUUCGCAGACGUAGAGUUCGAUCCGUACAUGCCGCGCAGCCAGACACCUGACGACGUCAAGUCGCCAGUUUUCAGGGAAAACGUUGUCUGCCCAUGGGAAGAUACAUUGAGCCGACCAGCGAGUAUCGACUCUAGCAUUACAUCCUCAUCAACAGCUAGCACACGGACGAUUGUCCCGAGCGACUUCACAGAAGACGUCUUUGAUGACGCUUUUGACAGUAUCAAGUAUCUCAUCUUCACCAAUACUUGGCCGCGCUAUGUGGAGCUCGCAGGCAAGCUUCCAUCACCAUAA